AUGAAACAAAGUCAAUACAUAAAACAUAGUUCUUUUGACAAGAAAAUAAACGGAAAAUUGAAAUCAUUUAUAAAGACUAGUGCUGAUAAUGAAGAACACGUAAGACAACAUUCACGACAAGACGAAGUAAGCCAGUUUUAUUUUGCAUGCAAAAAUGGAGACAUUGAUACAGUCAAACAAAUAUUACCUACCAUUCCUUAUGAUCGAUUAAAUCAACUAGAACCUAACGGAAGUACUCCACUUCAUGCUGCAACAUACUUUGGUCAUUUAGAAAUCGUUCGUCUACUUCUACAUGAAUACGGUUGUCUCCGUCACCAACAAAAUCUUGAUGGCUUAACAGCAUAUGAAAAAGCACAAACAGAUGAAAUGCGACAACUCUAUCAUCGGCCAUCGAAUAAAAAUCGAUUCUUUGAUGAAUCAAACAGUAUGAAACGAACAUUUCAAAUUGUUUCAUCAUUUUCAGAUAAAACUGAAUUAGACAAUCAUGACAAUGAUGAUCAUAGUAGCAAUGACGAUGAUGAUGAUGAUGUUACUAAACCAAACAAAAGAUGGCUCACUGGAUAUCAGACAAAUGAAGAAAUAAAAAGACAAUUGGAUGGUCUUAGUGGCGUGAAAAAAAUGCUUCAGUCACGAGUAGGACGAUUCAUCAUGAAAAAAUCUAUGAAACAUGGAAUUUGCAAAGCGGACUGUGGGUAUAGUGACGAAGAAUAUGUAUAUGUUGCAAAUAAGGGAUUUGAACGACAUACUUUGAAAAAAUUGUUAGAUGAACAUGUUACUCCCGAUCAUCCAGAAUAUAAACGUUGUUGUUUCCUACUUAAUCAAUAUAUUCAACAAGAUAAAAUUGAAUCUUUAUUGACACUCUAUUCAUUGGAAACACCGUUUUAUCAACAAUUUUGGACAAACACCAAUCCAUUAGGGUUUCCAUUGUUUAUGCGUCUUUCGGAUUUGAAACUACGUCAUUUUCAAGGAAACUCUUAUCGGGGUAUUAAUAUGACGCAUGAAGAAUUAAAUGAAUAUCGGUGGGCAUUGAAAACCAAGGACAGUGUCAUAUCAACAGCAACGUUUGCCUCAACAUCUAUUAUUCGAUCUGUGGCUGAAGAUUUCGCUGCUCUGGCUUCAUUAUCACCAAACAAAGUAAAUGUUUUAUUAAUAUUUCAUUUUUCGCAACCAUGUGAUACAGCAAUCAACUUAAGUAAAAUACCUGAAUAUGGUCUACCAUGUAUAUCGAAUUUUGAAGAUGAAUAUGAAGUAUUGGUUUGUCCACGAACAUUUUUCAAAGUUAAGCAAAUAGAAACCAAUGAAUUGAAUGGGCAACAUAUAAUUUAUCUAGAAAACAUAUGUGGUGAACAGAAAAGUCUAUUAGGCACGGGAAAAUUUUUCAUAAAACAAGAACUAAUUAAUCGAUUUCGUCAUUGA